AAUGCCAAGGCACAAAGUAUCAAGUGCAAGGUUUGCUUCGCCACCUUCCAGAGCACCUCGGCACGGAAGGGUCUUGAAGACCACGCAUCCAACAAACACAGCAAGAAAUACGAGGAAUGUUUCGCCUGA